CCCCAGCCCGUCUGAUCAGAAAACAAGGAAAGUCCCAGGGAUCGGCGGAAGUUUAUCCUCUGUCCAGACCGGGGCUGGGCUGCAUCGGGGAGUGAGUCUCUACAGGAGCGCUGCACAGAACCCCCGACCCAGAACCGCGGACCCGACCCAGAACCCCCGACCCAGAACCGCGGACCCGACCCAGAACCGCGGACCCGACACAGAACCCCCGACCCAGAACCGCGGACCCGACCCAGAACCCCCGACCCAGAACCGCGGACCCGACCCAGAACCCCCGACCCAGAACCGCGGACCCGAUCCAGAACCGCGGACGCAGCCCGAGCACCAUGGGCGCCGCCGCCCUCCUCCUCCUCCUGCAGCUGCUGCUGUCCGGCUCCUCCGGCUUCAAUCUGGACUCCGACAGCCCCGUUGUGCACUCCGGCCCUGAGGGCAGCUACUUCGGCUUCGCUGUGGACUUCUUCCUCCCCAAUCCCAGCUCUUCAUUCCUGCUCAUUGGGGCCCCCAGAGCCAACACGUCCCAGCCUGACAUCACCCAAGGUGGAGACGUGCAGAAGUGCGACUGGAGGAAUGCCAAGUGCCAAUCCAUUGUCUUCGACUCCACCGGUAACCGAUACUAUAACGUCAACGACCCCAUAGAAUUCAAGUCCAACCAGUGGUUCGGGGCAUCCCUGAGGGCGAAAGACGACAAAAUCCUGGCCUGUGCCCCCCUGUACCACUGGAGGACCCAGCAGAGGAAGCAGGAGAGGGAACCUGUUGGGACUUGUUACUUAAAAGAUGGAGAAACCAUAGUAGAAUAUGCGCCCUGCAGGUCCAACGCCAAGCACGAUGCCCAGGAACAAGGCUUCUGCCAGGGCGGAUUCAGCGUGGAUUUUACUAAUGCCGACCGGGUGCUGCUGGGUGGGCCUGGAAGCUUUUACUGGCAGGGGCAAAUAAUUUCUGACAAAGUGGAGGAUAUCGUAAAGAGCUACGAUCCCAAAAUCUACAGCACUACCUAUGCCAAUCAACUGGCCACACGUGCCGCCAGCCCCCAGUACGACGACAGCUACUUGGGUUACUCGGUGACAGUCGGGGACUUUAACGGAGACAAUGUUGAUGACUUUGUGUCAGGGGUUCCCAGAGCCGCAAGAACACUAGGAAUGGUGUCCAUUUAUGACGGGCAAGUUAUGACGUCACUGUACAAUUUCACAGGCGAACAGAUGGCGGCCUACUUUGGUUAUUCGGUUGCCACCACCGAUAUAAACGGAGAUGGUCUGGUGGACUUAUUUGUUGGCGCCCCUCUUUUUAUGGACCGAGGUUCAGAUGGCAAGCUUCAGGAAGUCGGGCAGGUGACUGUUUACACUCAGCAAAGCAAAUCUGGCCUUCAGAUGUUGACCAAAUUGACAGGAUUUGAUCUGUUUUCAAGGUUCGGUAGUUCUAUUGCCCCCCUGGGUGACUUAGAUCAAGAUGGUUUCAAUGACAUUGCAAUUGGUGCUCCUUACGCAGGAGAAACUAAAAGGGGCCAAGUCUACAUCUACAAUGGCAGGAGCUCUGGAAUUAGCACAACACCAUCUCAGGUUCUGGAAGGUCAGUGGGCAUCUAAAACCAUGCCAGCCAGCUUUGGCUACUCGCUGAAAGGAGCCACCGAUGUUGACGAGAAUGGUUACCUAGACCUGGUGAUUGGUGCCUUUGGGGCUGAUAAGGCCAUACUCUACAGGUCUAGGCCUGUUAUUACCGUCAAUGCAGUAUUGGAAGUGAACCCAUCACUCCUAAAUCCCGAUAGUAAGACAUGUAGCCUUCCUAGUGGAGUUCAAGUCUCCUGCUUCGAUGUCAAAUUCUGCCUGAAAGCCAGUAGCAAAGGCAAUUUACCCCAAAACCUGGCAUUUAAGGUAGAACUCUUACUUGAUAAGCUUAAGCAAAAGGGUGCAGUGAGGCGGGCGCUGUUUCUCCACACAAGGCAGCCCACCCAUUCUAAGGACAUGACUGUAGUAAAUGGGGGUGUCAUGCGUUGUGAAGAAUUAAAGGCAUAUUUACGGGAUGAGAGCGAAUUCCGAGACAAGCUUACACCUAUCACCGUCUUUAUGGAUUACCAAAUGGAUUACAAGGCGGCCGCUGAUUCAUCUGGACUAAUGCCAAUAUUAAAUCAAUUUACCCCUGCCAACCUCACUAAACAGGCCCACAUCCUGCUGGACUGCGGCGAGGACAACAUCUGCAAGCCAAACCUGAUUCUGUCUGUAGAAAGUGAGCAGAAACAACUGUAUAUUGGAGAUGACAGCCCGCUGACCCUGCUGGUAGAUGCCCAGAACCAAGGCGAAGGGGCCUACGAGGCUGAACUUUUUGUCCAUAUCCCAGCCCAAGCGGAUUUUAUUGGGGUUGUCCGAAAGAAUGAAUCCUUGUCAAGGUUAUCCUGCGCAUUCAAGACAGAGAAUCAGACGAGACUUGUUGUAUGUGAUCUCGGAAACCCCAUGAAGGCCGGCACAAGGGUGGUAGCGGCCCUUCUCUUCAGUGUUCAUCAGCUGAAUGAGAUGGAUGCCACUGUCAACUUUGAUCUCCAGAUACAAAGCUCAAACCAAUACAACAAUACCAGUGCCAAAAAAUCCCUGCAGAUAGCGCUGGCCGUGUUGGCAGCAGUUGAAAUAAGAGGGGUCUCUACUCCCACUGAAGUUUUUCUACCGAUUGCCAACUGGGAACCCAAAGAAAACCCAACAACAGAAGAAGACGUUGGCCCACUUGUCCAACAUAUCUUCGAACUUCGAAACAAUGGACCUAGCACGUUCAGCAAAGCAAUCCUUAAUAUCCAGUGGCCUUACAAGUACCAAAGCAAAACCUUACUCUACAUUAUUCAGUACGAAAUCGAUGGUCCAAUGAACUGUACGUCUGAUGUUGUUAUUAACCCCCUCAACCUCCCACCAUCCAGUUCCUUGGCAGAUGACCUUAAAAAUGUCACCCGUAAUGAACGUAAUCGCAGAGAUCUUCCACAGGUGGAUGGAGACGUACAGACCCUAAGGUGUGGAACAGCCCAGUGUCUUAAGAUCGAGUGUCACGUGGAACGUGUCGAAAAAGGAAAAAGUGCAAUUCUCUACAUCCGAUCAAGACUAUGGACACCAACCUUUAUGAACAGCGAGAACCAAAAUCAUUCCUACUCCCUAAAGUCCUCUGCCACAUUCCAGGUCUUGGAAUUCCCAUAUAAAAACAUGAACCUUCCUGAUAUAAACAAUUCUACGGAGGUCACUACUAACAUUCUAUGGGUUAACCAGUCAUCCGGGGCCCCCGUGCCCAUCUGGGUCAUAGUACUUGCAGUAUUAUCAGGUUUGCUGCUUUUGGCUCUGAUGGUCUUUAUAAUGUAUAAGCUCGGGUUCUUCAAACGUGUACGUCCUCCUCAGGAGGAAACCGAGAGAGAACAGCUUCAGCCUCAAGAAAAUGGCGAGGUAGCCACAGACGCAUGAGGCCAUCGUUCCUCUUCUUCAGGACUGAUGUUUAGUUCCAAGCUGACACGACAUCAUGGGAACAUUUUAAUGGAUAGACCAACGUAGCGAACCAAUUCGGGACUGAAGAAUAUAUUGAGUAGGUAGCUUUUUUUUACGGUGGUGGAUCCUAGACUGUAAAUAGGCUCCGAUCUAAUGAAUAUUGCUUCUCAUCAUGGCUGAUCCAACCACGUUUAGAACAGGGCCACUUUUAUAUAUGAAGGUGAAAUAUAGGUUAUCCAUAGGUGGAUGCAUCCCUAAUAUUUGGUAGAAUGUUAAAUGAGAUCCUACGUAUCUCAAUGAGCCCUGGUAUCUGACCAAAAAAUAUUAUUUAGGUCAUGAAAACGUAUACAUUUCAAAUGUUACAAAGUGUAUAUAGAUGAAUUGUGACAUGUUUAAUUCCUUUAGGGGUUCUCGCAUUGGUUCCAUUUGCAUCCUCAUGGCUGAGGGUAACGUGGCCCUCCUGGGGAAUAUACCGAUGUCGUUAUGUUUUAUGCCUAUUUUGCUUUAUUCACUAUGCAGAUUUCUUUGUUUAAAUGGAGAUCACGUAGCAUGCGUACAGCAGUGUGGGUGGAAGUGUAGAGAGGUGAAGGUCUCACUAGGAGAACAUAUGGAAACUGGUAUCGUUAAAGUGGUACUCUGCAGAAAAACAUUCUAUUCCCUAGUCAAAGGAUCUCCGGGCCGGCAGCUGCGGCAUCCGGAACGCGAAAGCUUGGAGCUUCCGUGUUGGCGGUAUUA